UUCAUGUAAAUCUCACACACGAGAAAUUAGGCUGUAUUUCUGCUCAACAAGACAUGUGGAUCAAAAUGACAAAGAAAAGAGACAGGGCUACAAAGCACGCGAAGGAGGGCACUGAAAGUCCUGAAAAGAAAAUGAGACUAAUGAAAAAUGUGUCCAAUCAAAAUGUAAAUAAUGGUGAAGAAAACCAAGAGUUACAAAGUCAUCCUCAGACAAGUGCCCAUGUGGAUGUCAGGUCUAAAAUGUUGAAGGAAAAAUUGAAAAUAAAAAUCAAUUCUACCAGGAAUCUAAAAUUACAAAGAAAGUCAAAAAAGACUAAAGAUGUUGGAAAGCAAACUAACAGUGCACAGUUUAAAGGUGGUGUGGAGACUGGAGAUCAUGUCAGUUCAACUGAAUCAGAUAGUACAUCAUCAACUGCAAGUACAACAAAUAACAAUAUCAAGUCAGUGACUUUAAUAAACAAAGUAACUGAUGAGUCAUCAAUCGACACUGAGUCUAAUGUGAUGAAAUUAAGCAUCAAUGGUAAUCAAUCUUCUAGCGAGCACCUUGUAUUAAUUAAUGAAAAGGAAGAGAAUUUAGAUAUGCUCCUGGUAGAAUUAGAAGGGAAUACACCAAUAAUGGUACCUAGUAAUGAUAUCAUUUCAUUUUUUGAUGGUACAGAAGAUUAUGUAGUUUUGCCCACAGAACUAAGUGCUAAAGAUUCAGAUUUAGAAAACAUGAACAAUAUCAUUCAGCAAGUAGAGAUUCCAACAGUAGAAAGCAUUGUAGUCCAAAAUAUAGAAAAUUUAGAUAUGGAAAAUAAAAAUUUAGAAAGUAUUGAGAGUAAUACUAUUGAAAUUGAGGAACUUAAUUCUCCUCAGAAUCAAGAUAUUGAAUCUGAGAAUCAUCAUGAUACUGAAAAUGAAGAAAAUCAAAACUUACAAAAUAUAAUAAUAGAUAUCAACAAAAUCAAUCACAAUGAACAAAAUAAAAGCAAGGAUGAUUCUUCUCCAAAAAUAAUUACAAAUAAUAUUUUGAUGAGAGUAGCUAAAAAGUUGAAGUCCAAAAAAGCAAAAAAAAUUAAAGUUAUUACAAAAACUAAAACAUUAAGAAAUAUAGGAAAAAGUAAACAUCAAAUUAAAAAAUCAGCAAUUACUCAAGUACCUCUGUUCCCUUUGAAUCAAUAUGUAAACAAAGAUGGUACGCAGAUUUGUAAAAUGUGUGAACAACAAAUUGAUGGUGAUUUGAAAUAUUAUAAUGGAGACCCAAUAGGGGGAUUUGAAGAAGGUGCAGUUAUUCUAGAUUCUAAAUUAUUGCUGUUUGAUGGAGAUGAAGCCAAUGUUUCAACUGAAGAUACAAGAUCUUACAAUAAGAUUACCUCAUACAGUGUAUACUGCAAGAAUGGUCAUUUAUGCUGUUUUGAUUCUGGUUUGAUAGAGAAAGAUGUUGAAAUCUAUUUUUCUGGUUAUAUCAAGCCUAUUCACAGUGAUGAUCCAGCUACUAAAGAUGGUAUUCCAGGCAAGAAAUUUGGUCCUAUGGUUUGGUGGUGGAUGACAGGCUUUGAUAUUGGAGAACAACCAACUGUUGGUUUGAGUACAGAACUUGGAGAUUACAUCUGCAUGAAGCCAUCAGUAGAGUAUGCUCCCUUCAUGAAAAGUGUCAUGACGAAAAUUUACAUUAGUAAAAUUGUAAUUGAGUUUCUCAUAUAUGAACCUAAUGCUUCUUAUGAAGAUUUAUUGAGCAAACUCCAAACUACACCAGUGCCAAACGAUCUAAUGAAAAACUUCACAGAAGACACUCUCUUGCACUAUGCUUCCUUUAUAUGUGAUCAAGUGAUCACUUUUGAUGAUACAGCAAAACCCAAAGAGCAUUUAAUAGUCACAGCUCCUUGUAUUCGACGGUUGAUAGAUCUUGCUGGCAUUAGAUUUGAAAUAGAAUCAUCAGAAACUCCACGAAAAGUCGCGCAGAUCUCCCGAGAACGACAGUUUGAACACAAAAUCGAUUACCGCGAGAAGCUGCUGCGCCAGAUGGCCGAAGAUAAGAGAGAAAAUUCCGGUGCUAGCGAGUUGAUCGACAUGCUCUUGCCCACCCACGAGAAGUUUUUGACCUCAAAGAUCCCUAAGCCGGGGAGAUGCGGAGUUUGCAAGAGAUGCGCAAGAAGUCGCUGUCGAGAGUGCAAAGCUUGCAGUGUUAGGAACUAUGAUGCAUGUUAUCAGCGACGGUGUUUCAACCAUGAAAUUAUGGAAGAAAACGAAGAAGACGUACAGGAUGAGAUGAAUUUUGCCGAGAUGACAGCCGACGAUAGUUUUACCUUGUACCGUAUGUCCGUAAAACCCCUGUCUCGUCACGCUUAUGACAUCGCGUGGGGGACGCAAGCUCUGUCGCGCGAUCUGAAAAAGACUUAUUAUGGAUCUGUAUACGUGGAUUGUCAAAUGAUAUCAUCAGGAGAUUUUAUCGAUGUGCGAUCAGAUAAUGCCGGAGUGCCUCCACAAAUAAUGAAAGUUAUCUACAUGUAUGAAGACAAUGACACUGGCUGUGGUAGGAUCCAUGCAUGCUUUUUGUGGUCUGGAAAAUACACGGUGCUUGGUGACAUUUCUGAUCGCCAAGAGCUGUUCUUCAUCAAAAGAUGCAUCGACAUUGAUGUGAAGUGCAUUGUGAAGAAAGUACGCGUACUCGAACGCACAACAGCCGACUUGGAUAAUUCCAUGGCUGAAGACCAGUCUGAAUAUUCAUACGUUUGCCAGCGAUCAUAUGACCCAUUGUCUGGCACAUUCUAUGAUUUACAGCCCAACGAUAAAGAGGCUUGUGACAAAUAUGGAGCUCCAUACCGAUAUUGUUGGGUUUGCGAUCAUAACAACAUGGAAAGAAUGAAAGAUACACCUGUGGCGCUCAAUAAAAUUAGUCAAAGUAAGGACAAAAUAACUUACGAAUCAGUGCGAUACAAGAAUGAGGAGUAUCGUGUUGGUACAUCAGUUUACUUAAAGCCCAAGUCCUUGUACUUCACGUAUCCAAUGCUCAACAACGCAGGCCACGGUCAUAUGUAUUCGAAACCAUUGGACGAGAAGUAUUCAGAGGUGUAUAGGAAAGCUAAAGAUGAAGAUUCGAAACCAAAUCAUGACGUGCCUGCGCCCUUUGACAUUGGUUACAUUACACAAAUUUUUAUGAGCGGCGAUAAGCUCUAUUUGAAAGUAACCAAGCUUUACAGGCCCGAAAAUACACAUAAAGGUACUUAUCUAAGCAAAAACGCCGACAUUAACGUACUAUUUUGGAGUGAUCAAGAUAAAAUUGUGCCAUUUAUCUGUGUGAUCGGCAAGUGUUACUUAACACACCUACGUUCAAUUGCCGACGUAGACAAAUGGUCUAAGCAAGGUCCUGAUAGAUUUUACUUUUCGCAAAUCUACAAGAAUAACAACGAUAUUGUUAAUAUUAACAAGGGAGAAUACGGCUGCCCAAUUGAGACGUGUGAUGCUCCGCUUUACAUAGAAGCAAAGUUGAAAACGUUGAAUAUAUUUGCUGGUUGUGGCGGCUUGGUUUUGGGUCUCCAGCAGGCUGGAGCAUCAGAGUGCAAGUGGGCGAUUGAACCGGACGAAGCAGCUGCUGCCACAUUCAAGCUUAAUAAUUCUAAGUCUGCUGUGUUUGUUGGUACUUGUGUUGAGAUGAUGGAGAAAAUCACUAAGAAAGAUUUUAAGGUAAAUAAUCAACGUCUUCCAAAAAAGGGAAAUGUCGAUCUUCUUUGCGCAACUUUGCCAUCAGAAAAUUGGCGAAGCAUCAACAGCGUGAAUACUUUCAAAAGCUCCAAUAUCACAACAUUCUUGGUAUAUCUUGAAUAUUACCAACCUCCAUUUUUCGUUUUGGAGACUGAUGACGUACUUCUGAAGAGGAGUAUUAUUCUCAAACUUGCCCUCGCUUCUUUUAUUCGACUCGGAUAUCAGGUGGCCUUUGAUCUUAUGCAAGUUGGAAAUUUUGGUGCUCCUCAAAAUCGAUACAGAACCGUGAUAAUUGGGGCUUCUUGUGGACGUAUAUUGCCAAACUGCCCUAAAAAUCAACAUGUUUUUUCAAAAUCGUUUUGUCGUGGAUGGGUUGUAAUUGAUAAAACUAUGUAUCAAAGAAGAAAUUGGAUUGAAUCAGCCCCUUUCAAAGCUGUCACUGUAAGAGAUGCAAUAUUGGAUCUUGCAGCUCUUGAAGUCACUCAAAACAAAGAAGUUACAAAGUAUUCAACGCAAUCUAUUUCUUUUUAUCAGAGAAUGAUGAGACACGAUUUAAAGAAAGCAGACAAAAUGACUGUUUUCAAUCACGUCUGCAAAGAUGUAGGACCUCUGGUUCAAGCUAGAAUAUCGCUAAUUCCAACAGAACUUGGUUCUGAUUGGCGCGAUCUACCCAACAUCGAGUAUCAACUACGUGAUAAAACCUUCACCAACAAAUUAGUAUAUUCCUACAAUGAUCCUGAAUUGGGUAAAGGCGAACAAGGUCAACCGAGAGGUGUUUGCAGUUGUUCAGUGGGCCAACGAUGCAAAACUAAGGAUGUGCAAGAAAAUACUCUCAUCCCUUGGCAUCUUGUUCACUCUGGUAAACGACAUGGGCACUGGGCUGGGUUAUAUGGCAAGUUACAAUGGGACAGUAUUUUUACUGGUACUUCGACGAAUCCUGAGCCGUUAGCUAAGAAGGCUCCAGUGAUUCAUCCAUCGAGAAAUCGCGUAUUGAGCGUACGAGAGUGUGCUCGUGCUCAAGGCUUUCCAGAUAGCUACAUCUUAGCGGAAAACUUCCCUGUUCAUAAAAUGUACCAACAAAUUGGCCUCUCGACUUCACCACUACUAGCACAGGCUAUUGGCCGUGAAAUUGUUAAAAGUGUCGUUUUGAAUAUUACUCAAUAGUUAACUUGGUAGUUAUAUUCAUACCAAAAACUAAUUUUAAUUAAGUUGGUUUUGCUUGUAUUAUUGUUUCAUGUUAAAUGUUUUGUAUUAUUAUGUUUAUUAUUAUUUUUAUUGCUCAUUACGUACUUUUAAAACUGUAAGUUUAAAUAGCGUUAAUGUACGUAAGCUUGCUUGCUGCCACUUGCAAGCUGAUCAUUAUCAUUAUUUUAAAAUUAUGAUAACUAGUUUUUCUUUUUUACUUAUUUACGAAAAGUUCUUGAUGGAUAGCUUUUGUAUUUUGCGUCUUUUUUUUAUUAUGAAUAUAAAUAAGUAAGCGUAUUGAAUCGUAAUGUAAGAAAUUUAUAAUGCCUGCUAAGAAACUAAAUCUUUUGUUUAUUGAAAAGUUAAAACCAUCUGGCUUACUUACCAAUAUCAUGAACGUAAUUCUCGAAGCGUUCGUGGAGAAUGACUCGUUCAACGGGCAGACGAGCUGAGCCGCGUCCACCCGAAUCGAGUUCCCACUCGCCUACUACUGCUGUCCAUAAUGCACCGAUGGGCAGAUUGAAUAGGUCGCUGGAAAUAAUUAUUAUUUCAAUACUUCUAAAAAUGUUUUAUAAGUAAUUUUUAGUUACAGAAUUUAAGUUAUGUUUUUGUAUUAGAUAAUAUUCACAUUAAUUUCGUCGAGAUUUUAGUAAUGAGUUGUAAUCAAAUCAUCAUAUAAAGAGAUUACUUGAAAUGAUAUUUAUUUAUGUUUAUUGU